CUCCAAGCCCCCAACUGUUCUCCAAAGCAACAUUGGCCUGCAAUCUUUGCUGCAGAGUCCUCGAAUUGGGCCCCCACUCAUCGGAGUUUUUUCUUCGCCUGACGAAUUUCUGCGUGUUCCGAUCGGACAGGCCGAGAAUUCUUAUCUCCAUGCCUACUGCUGCGGAUGUAAUGCUUCAGGUUGUACCCAUUAAUCUGUCGGAGUGUGUUGCAGAUCGUGGCGUUCGUUCCUCCAUAUCACGAUCAGGGGAGAGGUUUGUGAUGGCUGCUCUGUCCGUGUUGCAUUCUAGGAGCGGGAACUUAAAAUCAAUGUCUUUUGGCGUCCUCAAUGCCAGGGCUUGUGAGGAACUUUCUUUCUGAGCGAGUGGGUGCUUCUCCGAAACGAAUUAACGAGCGAUCGGUGGUGACAACCAUGAUGAAUCUGGACGGAGGACGAGAAGAGAUUGAAGAACAACUGAAUCUCAAGAUUUUUUACGAGCAAAGAUCCAAUGAAGCCCUCAGUGGAAAGUAUCGUUGCUCGGAGGCGGAGGCUGUCCAGCGAGUACGAUGCCAAGCACGGAAUCGUGAGGAAGGAGGAUGUUUUUCGCCCUGCACCGCAAGUCCCUUCAUCAGCCAUUUCAGAUUCGUCUCCCGUCCCCCUCCAUGGCCCAGAAUAUGGAACAGCAGUGGCGGAUCCCAGGACGCAAGGAAGUUCAAGUGGAUUUGGAGUUGAUGCUGCCAGUCCACAACACCUCGGAAACGGGCAGGAGGAUAUUUGCCACACACCCAAAUUCGACAUGAAGCUUCCAUCCUUCGAAGAUAUCGUCGCCCGAAGGCGAAGGCAGCCGGAUUCUUCAGAUUCUCAGCCAGGGGAUAUUGCAGAGAGAGACGCCGAAGAAUGGGAAGCUGCCACGCCGGCGCUGAUACGAGCACUCGAAGCAGCUGGGUGCUGCGCCACACCUCGAACAUCUGGCGCUCGUAGGCGGAGUCUGGACAGUUUCGCUCCUCCCCUGGAAUUCGAUAUCGACGAAUUUGCUUCGGAUGACAGCACUGAAGGCAAUUAUGGGCAGCCUUAUGCACGAGGUGAAGGAAGGAAGGAAGGGGUGGAACAAACGAACUCAUCGUCGCAGCUGGAACGAGAGUCUAGGACCAACCCAACGCAGGCCACUCCAAGUGCCGAGGCCGAACAUGUGCACGAGUACACGAAGAAAUCUGAGAUUGAAGAGCGAAUUGAAGGUUCCGUGUCGCAUUUUCUGCCUCCAAGAAAUUGUCCCGUUGUCAGGCAGCAGAAGCAGGAAAGGUGCACGGGUUCUGGGCUGGGGCGCCACAUGUAUGUGGUACCUCCUCCGAGACGUCGUGUGGAGUUGUCUGAAUAUUUCGUAGGGGAGGUGGUGAUUGUCAAACGAGACAGGCACGUCUGGGUGUUCGGCCAGGUGAAGAUGCUGGGCUGGACAGGGAUCAAGGUGUGGGUUCCAAGUGUGGCGAUUAUGGUGAACGUCCCCCUGGAGAUUAUGUAUACUCACUUGAGAAAGCUGGAGGACGAGGAGCUGCAGAAGAAGUCAGAGUUGGCAAUUCCUCGAGGAUCGGCAGAGGACGACGAAGACGAGCAAGAUCGGAUACCACUUCCUGCAACAUUUCACCGGAGGAAAGACCUGGUGAUCGCAUCUCGCAAGCCCCCUACAAAUUCAACACAGGUGCAUCUUGUGAGACCAGCACACCUGGCUCACAGAACCCUCUAUCAACCUUUCAAAUCAUCAGUCUCAUGCACCAUAUGCUUCCAGCUCAUGUCACUCAUGGAUGCCCACAAGCCUUGGGGUUGUGCCCAUUCCUGCCACUUGUUCUGCUAUGAGCUUUUUGUUCAGAGCACCAGCUCCACUACAUGCAACACCUGUUCCACCGGUAAAACGUGGGACUGGAAAAUAAUCUCUUGCAAAUGCGGAUUCUCAGGAUUUGUGCGUAAAAAAGUGGACGAUUUAGAUCCGCCUCCAGUGUGUCCAUCGUGUCUUAAGCUCACACCUAGACUCAUCCCUUACCAAGCUGCUCCCACCAGAGUAUCACAACCAGAGUCCAGACCGAGCACAGGAGCUACCAGCUCCAGCAGCAAUCCGGGUGGAUUGACGACAACAGCCUCUCAGGCAUCUGAUUCCAGCUCGGAAACUUGGGCUACAGAAGCGGUAAUCAAGUUACCUAGACACGCAAUAAACAUAGACGAUUCGGAAUGGAGGCGAGUGGAAUGCGAUUGUGGACUGCAGGCGACGCUCAGAGCGGAUGCGGAUCCCAGCAAGCCCCUAAUUUGCCCAGCCUGCUCUGUCCAGAUAACGAAGUGGAUCAUACCCAGCAGAGACGAUCUCCUCAAAUCUCUUUUGGGGUACACCCCGCUAGACUCACCUACUUCUGGUUCUUCGCCCGCUUACUCUUGUUCAUCGCAACCAGUUUCUCCUCUUCCCCUCCCAAAAAUCAAAACUCCCGCAUCAUCGGACUUUUCAUUGUUUGAUGGCUUGAAACGUCAAAGGGAAUCUCCAUCCAAGUUAUUGGCACCGAUAAAUACUCCUUCGUCCAGGCUGAGUUCUCCUUCGCCAGCUGGAUCCGGUCAGAGCAAUGAUAGCAGUCCUAUGUCUGAUCAAACCUCACAUCAAGGCAGUUUCACUACACCUGUGACACAUUUACCCGUCCCUCCAUCUUCCGUGCAUGACUUUCCAUCUCCAUCUCCAUCUCCGUGCACAUCGUCGAGUGAACUCCAAUCCCCAGCUCCAUCUCAGUACAAGCAGUUGUCAACACAGCUCGGUUCAAGCGGAGGAACAAAAGCAGAACAAAAGCCUUCUAGUCCAGCGAUCGCGCCUUCACCUCGUAGACCGCCGAGAUCACCGGCUCCAACUCCUAAGAGUGGGCCUUCUUCUCCUCCGACAUCUCCUGAUUCCAGCAAUCAGUUCGAAAAAUCGACGCCACAGGCAAAUAGGCCUCGUCAACUGCCUACAGAUUCCUUGAGCUUUCGCCUUACACCAGGUCAGAUAAGGCAGAAAAUGAAAGAUCAAGCCAAGAAGCAAACCACUGAAAUACUAAUGGCGACGUCAAACGAACCAGAACAGAUGCCGCCGACCUCAUUAGCAACUAGCAGACGAGAUAUGCCGGCAGACUCCGUGUCUAUGUGGGUGACAGCUGCCAAAGUCAAAGAGAAGCUUCGGGAAGAAGAGCUUCGUACGCAGCAGAUACAGGAUCCACCGACACUCAAAAAUCUGGCUCCACCUUCACUUCCAGAACAAGCUCCCUUUACGGCACUGGAGAGCUCUUCAUCAGCAGCAUCUAUCAAACGAGUGGCAUGGGAAAGAGACAAUCCGCAGCAGAUGCCAGAGCCACCAUCAGUCCAAAUUCAACCUCCACCUCCAGCUCAGCUGCUAAAGCAAGGUUCGCCGACAAUGGCCAAGAAAUCUUCAGUGACAGACUCCGUUCCUAUGUGGUUGACACCAGAGAUGAUCAAGCAAAUGGCAAUUGAAGAAGAGAGUCGGCAGCUAGGAGAGGAUUCAAAUGCACCUGCCCAGAAAAUGACAACCAUACAACAAGGGCCGCCACAGUCUAAGCCUGCAGUCCAGAAACAACCUCCGCUACCAGCCCAAAGGCGAGACAUGCCCGCAGACUCCAUAUCUAUGUGGAUGACACCAGCAAAGGUAAAGAAGAUGAUGAUGGAAGAAUCUCAGAAACAGCAAAACGAUCCACCUAAAGCUCUCAGAAGGGACUUGCCUACAGACUCGGUAUCUCUGUGGAUGACACCAGCCAAGCUGAAACAGAUGGCUCUGGAAGAGAAUAGUCGAAGUCAAGUUCAAGAAACGAUUCGACCUUUGAUUAUUGGUGAAGAGCUUCGAAAACCUAUAGCUAAAAUCGAAGAAGAGCCAGAGGCUAGCAUGAUAGAUGACGAGGAGCUGAGCAUCCACAUUCCAGGUCCAUCUACGUCCACUAAACGAGCCUUGCCUGCAGAUUCUCUGUCUCUAUAUCAAGUGAAGAAAAUCAUGGAAGCGAAAGCACAAAAAAGCAUUCCUGGAUUCGUCCCCUCGUCAUCAGCAUCUGCAGCUGUGGGAACAGUAGAGGAAGCAGAGCUUCGAAAACCUAUAGCUAAAAUCGAAGAAGAGUCAGAGGCUAGCCUGAUAGGUGGCGAGGAGCUGAGCGUCCAGAUGCCACGUCCAUCUACGUCCACUAAACGAGCAUUGCCUGCAGAUUCUCUGUCUCUUUAUCAAGUGAAGAAAAUCAUGGAAGCAAAAGCAAAACAAAGCAUUUCUGGGUUCGUCCCCUUAUCAUCAACACCUGCAGCUUUGGGAACGAUAGAGGAAGCAGAGCUUCGGAAACCUAUAGCUAAAAUCGAAGAAGAGUCGGAGGCUAGCGUGAUAGAUGACGAAGAGCUGAGCAUCCAAAUGCCAGGUCCAUCUAUGUCCACUAAACGAGCCUUGCCUGCAGAUUCUCUGUCUCUUUAUCAAGUGAAGAAAAUCAUGGAAGCAAAAGCAAAACAAAGCAUUCCUGGGUUCGUCCCCUUAUCAUCAGCAUCUGCAGCUUUGGGAACGAUAGAGGAAGCAGAGCUUCGGAAACCUAUAGCUAAAAUCGAAGAAGAGUCGGAGGCUAGCGUGAUAGAUGACGAGGAGCUGAGCAUCCAAAUGCCAGGUCCAUCUACGUCCACUAAACGAGCCUUGCCUGCAGAUUCUCUGUCUCUUUAUCAAGUGAAGAAAAUCAUGGAAGCGAAAGCACAACAAAGCAAUCCUGGGUUCGUCCCCUUAUCAUCAGCAUCUCAAGCUUUGGGAUCAGUAGAGGAAGCAGAUGCGGCUGAAGAAGAUGUAAGUACUUCUACACCACAGACAACGAAGCCAGUUCAGACUCUGAAGAAACUCCCACUCAAACUGCAAGAGAUCCCCGAAGAAGAAGAAGUGACACACAGGCUGAGUCCUGCAACACCAAGUUCACUCUCCUCCGCUUCUUCAUCUUCUUCAUCUUCGUCUCAAGAGCAGCUUCCUGAGCCCACGAGUCUAGCCACUAGACUGCAGAAACUGAAAGCCAAAAAAUCCCAAACCUCACCUCCACAUGUGAUCCCAGACACCCUCAAUCAACCAGACCAACCCUCUGGUGUCCCAGAAAAUGGCUGGAUCACCAUUGUUAGAGAUGGUCAAGCUAGGUAAGCUGAACAUCAAUAGAAAACAACAAGAAGACAACGAAUGAACUAGUGUCCACGCCUGGAUCACGUGGGAGACCUCCAGACUUCGUGCCUGAGGCGAUGAUGGUCUCUUCUUUGACGCUCCACGCACGUGAAUACACACGAAGUGAAGCCUGCCGCUCAGUGGGUAAGCUCACAGUGCAUGCGUACUCACACUCAGAUGCACCUACUUUGCUCGCAGCCUGGCACAAAUUGGAUCUUCUAAGACUGCACAACUGAGCUGAGGGCGAUGUUCCACACUCGGGCACCCAGAUACUGAGCAGUCAGAUUUGGUCACUCUGGUCAUGGUGAAGGACACAGGAAGAUCAAGGACAUCUAGAAGAAGGCUGCAGUACGUUUCGUACAGCCACUGGCACUUGGAGCUUCUCAUAUAGAUGGCGAAUCAAAGGAAGCUGUAAUGCGUGCGCUUCAACUGGACUAAUUACUGGGCUAACAUGCAAGGAAAAUAUCUGAUUGAGCAAUAAGCUCCAAUUAUCAAAGCGUAGAUGACUCUCUUCACUGAGCUGAAGUCGGAUCUACUCGUGUGACCAAAUCAAAAGCAGCUCAUCAUUGCAGUGGCCGCUAUAUGCAUCAUGACGUGCGCGAGUCCAGUCAAAUGUGACUCAGAAUCCCUAGGCGAUCAGGACGGUUCAUUCCGAAUAUAGAUUGCUUAUCACGAUAAUAGGCGCUCUCGCGAAAACGUGUCUGAUUUUUCAGCGAUUCUUACUGCAAUAUUUCAUUGGGUAUUUCACUGAGCCGCAUACGUUCCAUUGUAGCAUAUCUGAUAGUGUAAGAGCAGCUGGAUACUGCAUAUAGAUCGCAGUGCUCAUUUCUGACUCAUUAGAUAAGAGAUCUUCGUAGAAAGCAAUUUAGUAAUAUUCCACCUGAAGUAAAGAUUAUGUAUUUCAACAGCAAACAACGCAACAAUAUCUGAUUUCACAGAAGAUGGGCAGGGCCCUCUAUCCACAGCAGAGGAGUCCAAAAGAGCAAAUCCUCGCGGAGAAAACGAUGUAGCGGACAAAAUAUGUUGUAAAUCUACAGCCUUUAAUAACAGCCUUUGAUGAGAAUGCUUCAGGUCCAGACUUCCUGAGAAACCUGCGAUGUAAUGUGUACCAAUGCAAGUAGUUGCCUAUCAGUGGCGAAAAUUCCUUCCAUUGAAGAGUGCUUUCUACAUGUCUACAAUUGCUGUAGGUUAGAAGACACUGCAAGUGAGUGCCCAACCGAAUAUCAUAUACAUCAGUAUAGAUUUUGCUAGUUCAUAUCAUCUUCAUAUUGCUG